CGCCGGUGUUGAUCCAGUGAAGUUACCGCGACAGGCAUCGUGCGAUCGAUGAUCGAUCAUAACAACAUUUAUCAUUCUCGUUAUUUCACAAUCCAAUAUUAUUAAAUUUAUUUUCUAUCUAAAUUUAUUACAAGUGAUUUAAUAUAAUAAGUUUCAUAUGAUUGAAGAAAAAGAAAAAAGAAAGGAAGAAGAGUGAAAAGGGAAGAAAAAGAAAAGGAUGGAGAGAAGAAGAAGAGGGGGAGGAGGUGGAGGAGGAGGAGGAGGAGGAGGAAGUGGGGGGGUGACAGUAGUAACAGCAGCAGUGGCUCUGGCCACGGCCUGGCUGAUGGUGCAGGGUGUGGUGGGUGCAGCCACGAGCGAUCCUCUCCGUGCCUCCCACCUCACCCUCGAUCAAUACUCCCCCCCUUCACCCCCGUACAACAACCAUGGACUGCUCGGGUUUUACGGAAGAAGAAGCAACAACGACGGAAGCUCCACGGAGGAAACCGAGGACCAACAGCAGCACCAUCAGUAUCAACAGCAACAGCAACAGCAGCAGCAGCAGCAGAAGCAGCAACAGCAGCAGGUUAACCGGAAGUUCGAGGAUGAUUCUCUAAUCUAUCGAUCGAUCGACGAUCGUCAUAACCGACGUGGCUCGUUCGUUUCGUUCUCGGCCAAUGAUUUGCCGAUAAGAAGGGCUUACGAGCAGGAUAACGUAGGAACGAUCUCGAGAGACCCGUCCGGUAGGAUCGUUCCGCAGAACGACAAGGAGACAUCGAAACAUUUAUUCGGUAGGAAUGAAUACGAUGGGAAAAAGCCCGGCGAUGAUUACGUUGCUCCACCGACCGAAAUGGACGAGCCCUUCGUGGCCGACGAAACGUUUCAGGACGAGGGUCCUGGUUCGGUAGAGAUAUACAAAUUGGAUUUGUUCGAGGAUAGGAAAUCCUUACCGAGUCGAACGUCUAACGUAAAGGGCGUAAUAAUGACGGGGUUGACGGGAUUAACGUUACCGACACCGACACCGAUUGCGACAUCGUCUACGACGAAAAUAGGUAAUAACAAGAGGAAAAUGCCAAAGAAAAUUUCAGGGCUAGGUUGGAAGCUUGGAAAAUCGUCCAACGGAUUGUUCAAGUCAACGACGAUAACCAUAGGUGCUAGCGGUAAUAACGACGUUGCGGACGACAGCAGCAGCACCAAUAAUAAGGACGGCAAGGACCUUCACGGUAGAUCGAAUUUCUUGGAUUCGGAAUUAAGGUCGGAAGUACCGAGUAACGUUGAAGCUUUUGGAGUCGGGGGUGUGCCCGAGUUACAAGUUGGUUGCGAGGGUCUCGAAGCUCCUUCCUCGUCCUCCUCAUCGUCCUCCUCUACUUCCUUUUCCUAUUUCUCACCCUCUUCUCGCAAACUAAAGAGAUCCGUCGAGAGGAUCGAGAAAACGAUUGGUAAGGCCGAACAACCUACGGCCCCGUUCAACGUCGUACCGAUACCUCUUGAUCUCGACUACGAUAUAUCGGCCGAAAGCUACGAGGAAAUGGACGAACUCUUCAAGUUGAAGAAGUUAGAAACCGAGCCUAAGAGAAAUAAAGAGAAUCGUGGCGACAUAGACGCUAUGGUCAACGAUUUUUUGAUUCAGGAUAGAAACGUUAAGGAGAGAUUACCCGUAAGAGGUGAUCUUGGUAAUUCGAGCUUAUCGAGCGUCGUCGAAUCGAUUAAAACCGUGAACGAUUUGAAAGAUAGAAGGGAAAGGAGUAGUACUAGCAAUAGUAGUAGUAGUAGUAGUAGUAGUAGUAGUAGUAGUAGUAGUAGUAGUAGUAGUAAUAGUAGUAGUAGUAACAGUAAUAGUGGUGAUGGUAGUAGUAGUAACAGUAGUUUGUCGUUAUCCAAUACGGAUACGAGAGAAUACGUUUCGGGUUUCAAUGGUCGUUCUCGAAAGUUGUUAUGGGUCGACAGUGAAAGAGACGACUCCGGUUUAUGGGGUUACGGCGAGGACGAAGGUGUAGUGUCCAGCGACGAGUUGGAUACCGAACAAAGACGACGACAACAGCAGCAACAACAACAACAACAACAACAACAGCAACAGCAACGACAACGAGAAAGACAACGACAACAGCAACAACAACAACGGGAUAGGAACAUGGUCAAUGUUCAAAUCGAUAAGAUUCGAGAGGAAUACGAUAGGUUGUUGAAACAGCAAAGAAUAGAGGAGGAGGAAAGAUUGCGAAGGGUCAAGGAACUCGAGACGAGAAGAUCAACGACGUCGGACUCUGUCCGAGAGGAGGAAGAUAGAAGAAAGAAAUUUUACGAGGAUAGAACGAGAACGGAGGAGUUGCGUAGACGCGAGGAGGAAGCGAGAAGGAGGAAGGAGGAGGAGGAGGAACAUAGAAGAAGAAAUUUGAUAGCGGAGAACAGCGGCGAUUUGAAGGAGAUAAGGAAUCUGGAGAACAGACUAAAGGCCUUAAUGGCCAAGGAAGAGGAGGAGCAACGAAGAAGGAUAUGGUUGGAAGAGGAGAGAAGAAGACGAGACAAGGAAAUGGAGGAAAGGAGGAGGACGACGAUAGGAGGGGUACCAGCGAAUUUGAUGGCUCAACGAUACAACGAUUUUAAUAGAAACGAAAGUAGAAAGAAAGCAGAGGAAGAGGAGGAGAAGGAGAAGGAGAGGAGGAGGAAAUUGGAGAGGGAAUACGUAGAAAGGAAUCGUAUUUUGGAGAGGCAGAGAAUGGAGAACGAAAGAAGGAGACAGAUGUUGGAGGAAAGGAGAAGGGAGGAGGAGGAAAGAAGAAGAGGGCCUACAACGGAGGAUAGAAGGAGAAUCGAGGAGGAGAGGAGGAGAAUGGAGGAGGAGAGGAGGAGAAUGGAGGAGGAAAGGAGGAGAGGGUCGUUGGAGGACGAAAACAGAAGGAUGGAGGAGGAAAGAAGAAGGCAAGCGUACGAGGAAGAGAGAAGGAGAAUGGAGGAGGAAAGGAGAAGGCAAGCGUUCGAGGAAGAGAGAAGGAGAAUGGAGAACGAAUGGAGAAUGAAGGAGAACGCGGAGGAAGAGAAUAGAAGGAGAAUGGAGAUGGAGAGAUCGAGAAGUACGGAGGGACGGAAUAACCUGACGCGUGACAGAAACGACGAGGAAUAUCGAAGAAGAAGAAUAAUAAUGGAGGAACGUCAAAGGAGACUCGACGAGGAGAGAAAGUUGCAGGAGUACGUGAGAAGAAAUCAACCGGUCGAUAUCAGGACCGACGGAGGUAGAGACGAACGUUUGAACGUUUCACGAAGAUGGAAGGAGAAAAAGCAAGAGGAGGAAGAGGAGAAGAAGAGGAGGCAGAUGGAGGAAAGGGCGAUGGAGGCUGUCAGGCAAAUGAAUCGAUCCAAUAGAUACCCAAGUUCGGGAUACGAGAGGAGAGAGCACGGUCCAUCUGCCCCGACUUACAUCGAUCCUAGAAGCUCGCUGGACGAGGCUAGAAGGAGACAAGAGACGGAGGCCUUGGAACGACGACGAAAAGAGGAAGAGGAGAAAAGACGACGGAUAUUGGAGGAGGAACGAAGAAGAGAGAUCGAGUAUAGGAGGGAACAGUCGAGAAGAUACGAGGAGGAAAGAAAGAGGAUGGAAGCCAGCAGACUCCAGGAAGAUAGAAGGAGACAAGAGGAGACCAUCGAGAAUCAAAGAAGAAGCGGUACGACGUCGUCUGUGACAUCGAGAGUCAGGCCGACCGUUACCGAUUCUGUUACUCCUGUUUUGGAGAAUUUGUACGAUCGAAGAACCACAGAGAUACGUCGGAGGGAACGACUCAGAGAGCAAAGAGAACGACAGAGGAUCAGGGAGGAACAAGAGAAAAGGAGACAGGAGAUCAUAGCACGACAAAACGUACGACGUCAGCACGAGAACAGCGCCAAAGUCCAAUGGGAAAGAGAAGACAAUAGAAGAAUUAUGAAUGAACAACAUAGGCGGCACGAAGAAGCCAGAUUAAACGCGUUACCGGUUAGCGCUAGGAUAAUAGUUCAACCCAAAGGAUCCUCGGCCCAUUCAAGGCCGACAUUCACGUCGAGGGCAGGCUUUGAAAACGGGAUCAAUUUCCCGAACGUGAGUUCACGCAACAAUGGAGGACAAACGCCGAUAUUUCCAACGUCCCCUACGACGAGUCCAUACGUUCGGAGUCCUAACCCUUGCGUCUGGGCCGUCGUUCAUUGCUGUCCAACUAACACGAAUCGUCUCGUCACGUGUUUCGAAUCGCUCGGUUGUCCCGGAGUGAAUUGGGAUCCAAAUCCCUGCAGAGAAGCCAUCGCGGAUGCUGCGAGAGAAGAGGUCAUGAGAUUUUACAAUUCGGAAGAAGAGGACAACCGUAAUUGAGUGACCCCCCACUAUCUACCUACCUACCCACCCCAAUCUUCCCUUCAACUUUCGAAGUUUGUUAAAUUCGAAAUCAACCGCGUAUGAACGCGACUUUCCUUUCUCUGUCACACUUUUUUUUCUGUUAUUUCUAUCGAUCUCUAUUUCUUUUUUUCCCUUUUAUCUUUUUUUGUUUCUUUCUUUCCUUCUUUCUUUUUUUAUUUCUAUCUUUCCUUCUUUCUUUCUGUUUUUCUUUUCUUUUCUUUUUUUUUUAAUUUCCCCAUUAUCAAUCUCUCGUUUGCGCAAGCAUCGCGCGAGAGAAAAAAGAAAAAGAGAUUUUUUAAUAACCAAAAAAAAAGCAAAAAAAAAAAAAAGAUAGAACGACAACACAACGACAUUCAGACGAUAUCUUCGCAUUAUCGAAUGCAAAUUAAUUCGAACGUAUGAGCGAUCGAUAUUAGUAUUGACUCGCGGUCAAAUUUUUCAUAUACUGCCGCGCUUGAGAUAACUAACACUAAGUAUACGUAUAGUCUAAUAUAUUUUAAUAUAUACUAUAUAUAAACAUUCUAUGGUAUAUAUAUAUAUGUAUACAUAUAUGUAUAUAUAUAUACACAAAAGGUAAAAAAAUUACGUACAACGACGAUGUAUUAUUCUACGCUGAACGUAGGACUAACUCUAAAAAGGACUAACUCUAAAAAUCAAAAUCUUUUUUUUUUUCUUCUUUUUUGUAUGUAGACGAUAAUAUAUCUCUGCAGCUUCCUUAUAUGUGAUAUAGGUAGUGCAAUUCGAUUUAGUGUAAUAUAUUACGAAUAUUUAUGUGUGUGUAAAUAUAUAUACAUAUAUAAAUAUAUAUAUAUAUAUAUACACACACAUAUAUAUAUGUGUGUGUAACAUAUGUAAUAAAUCGAUUUCUCAAUUCGUCCAAAGAUUAUCAUAUUCUUAAAUCGACAGUUUUUUCACGAUCGUAGAAACAAAAAAAAAAAAAAGAAAAAAAAGUAAAAAGAAAACACCCUGAAUACCGUCUUUUCAAAGAGAAUUCUCUGAUCGUCGUCGAAUCUUUCGAAUCACCCUCGAUCUAUCGAAUAAUGGAGAUACCACUUUGGUAAAACUAUUGGAAAGAAAAUUGCAGUCGGUUUCCGAGUGCGAACAAAUUCGAAAGUAACGUUGAGAAAGUUAGAAGAGUUUCUUUUUCUUUUUUCUUUUUUCUCCUUGCGAAGAUUCGCGCAAGACUCGAGAGAGAGAGAGAGAGAGAAAGAGAGAGAGAGAGAGAAGUAAAAAAAAAAAAAAAUUAAAAAGAUAAAAUGGCGAACAUGAGAAGCGAGAAAAAAAGUAAAAAGCUAGAGAAAAAAGAAUUAUUAAAUUAGAAAAAAAGAAAUAAACGAGUGAAUAAAAAAAAAAUAAAAAAUAGAAAAAGAAAUGUGAAAUUAAAGAGAUAGAGAGAGAAAAAGAGAAAGAGAGAGAGAGAGAGAGAAAAAGAGAGAUAGAGUCGACGACGUAGAGUUGAGUCCAACGAAAGUUUCAAAGCUCGUUUCACUUGUAUUUAUCUCUUCGUCUUUCUUUUUUCGUCGUUCGUUUUUCUCUCUCAUCUCACCAUCGUCGUCGUCGUCGUCGUCACCGUCAACGUCAACGUCGUCGUCGUCGUCGUCGUCGUCGUCGUCGUCGUCGUCGUCGUCGUCGUCGUCGUCGUCGUCGUCGAUAACGAGGCCAUUCAACGUUUAAGAGCUUGCAAACGUUUCCCGUCCCAAUCAGCCACAUUGUACAUACAUCCGAAAAUGCAUCCUUCCAACGAACGAUCACGUACCACGUCGUGGCCUGCCGAAAGCAAAUAGGAUUUCUCUCUCUGUCUCUCAUUCUCUCAUUCUCUGUUCUCUCUCUCUCUCUCUCUCUCUCUCUCUCUGUCUUUCUCUCUUUCCAUCUCUAUUGACGUACGUAAUCAUUUUGCGUAAUCUUCAAAACCACUUUUACGGAGCUUUGCAUCGCGCCAUUAUUUCCGAUUAUAUAGGAAAAUCGUUGAAAUUUAUUUAUGAAAGAAAACUCGUACUACGUAAUUAUCUUUUGAUAUCAUCUACCGAUCAGCUGAUCGACUUCUUACGCGAGGAAAUUCUAAUCAUUCGAUAACUCUUGGUUCGAUGAUCCUUGGACAAUGAAGAGAACGUAGUCGAUAUAUAUAUUUAAUAUAUAUUUCAAAUCUUAAAUUAAAUAAAUUUAAUAACAUGUUUUGCUAUGUCUGGAAUGAGUAUAGAUAAAAAAAAAAUAAUAAUAAUAAUCUUAUAA